AUAUCGAGUUAAAAACUUUUCGCUAUUUUAUUUGGCUUUCCAAUUGAUCAUGUUUACAUAACAUGUUUAUGUUCAUAUUUUUUUUAACUAUUAAUAUUCUGAAAUUUCUAAAAGCUCUGCCAACCAAUUAAGAAAAAUUAAGAAAAUAAACGCAGAUACAAAAUACAACAGCAACGAAAAUUUUAAAAAUUAAUUAUCCCAUUAAUUUAAAAACCAACCAUAAAGUGUUGUAAUAAUUUUAAAACCAACAAAUUCCUCCUACUUUCGAUAAUAAAGCAACGAACAAAACAUAGAGGAAAUCAUUGUGUAAAAAAAUGGGAAAUGUGCAUAGAUUCUUUAUUAAAAGAAUGCCAUAUACAUUGACCAUAUCGCCAAUGCAGCGGACGAAGGGAGAUUAUUUUCUGUUUACAAAUUUUCUCAAAAACUUUUACCUCCUACCCGAGGAAGCCCAAAACGCAAGCUGAUGCUUAUUGAGAAGCUGUUACGUACCACACAGAUUCAAAGAAUUUAUGUGUUGGUGCGACCCAAAGCCGGGAAAGAUAUAAAUGAGCGUAUCCCACAUAUAUUUAAAGAUCACCUGUUUGAGAAGUUACUUAAACUCCAUAACGAUCCCGUUAAAUAUAUUAAAGCGAUAGCUGGUGAUUGUAUGCUAAACAAUUUAGGCAUGACGAAUAUCGAUCGGCAAGAGCUUAUUGAAAACUGCGAUGUAAUCAUACAUACAGCGGCUACAGUGCGAUUUAAUGAACCACUAAGCAAUGCGAUCAGUGUUAAUGUGCAGGCAACCGUUGAUUUAUUGAAUUUAGCCAAAGAAAUGAAAAAAUUAAAAGCAUUUGUGCACGUCUCAUCCGCUUUUGCUAAUUGUUUAGAUUUUCAUAUCGAAGAGACUUAUUACACUGACCGUUUGGGUAUAACCGCAGAGGAACUAUUAAAAAUCAAAGGAAAAGUAAAUGACGCCGCCUUGGAUAGCAUGCAUUCAAAGUUGGUUAAUAAAUUCCCCAAUACUUAUUGUUAUACAAAAUCCGUGGCUGAAGAAGCCGUACUCAAACUAGGCAAUACGCUACCAAUAUGUAUAUUUCGACCGGGUAUAAUCAUACCAACGAGUAAUGAGCCCGUGCCGGGCUGGAUAGACAAUUUAUACGGACCAACUAGUAUAAUCUAUGGUGGCGCUCUUGGGGUUCUCAGAGUCAUUUAUUGUCGAGCUUCCUCCAAUGCUGGCUUAGUACCCGUAGAUUAUUGCGUCAACAUGAUUAUGGCUGGCGCUUGGCAUACCGCCACCGACAUAACGCAGAUACCGUCACUUAAACCGCCCAUUUACAAUUUGGUGCCUGAUGAGAGCAACACCCUAAAAUGGACUACAUAUAAAAGUUUCGUUGAGGGGUAUGGUAGAAAGAUUCCUCUGGCUAGUAUGAUUUGGUAUCCUUUCCUACUAUGCACCGAAACUUAUUGGAUUUAUAAGUUUUUAUGCUUCGUUUACCAUACCGUACCUGGUUAUAUAAUAGACACGAUUUUACUGUCGAUGGGUCGAAAACGUCGUAUGACAAGAACUUAUCAAAAGAUCCAUAAAACUUCCAGUUAUUUGCGUUAUUUUACUGAAAAUUCUUGGACUUUUGAUACUAGCAAUACGAAAUAUUUAUGGAGUUUAAUGAAUUCACAAGAUCAGCGGUUGUAUAAUUUCGAUAUGGUCUCUUUUGAUUGGUCUCAAUACGCCGUCAAUAGCUUAGUAGGCAUGCGCAAAUAUUUGGCAAAGGAAGAACCCGACACUAUACCGAAGGCAAAAAAGCUGAUGAGGAGGUUAUAUAUCUUGAAUUUUGUGGUCCAUAGCUUCGUAUGCGCAACAUUUUUUUGGCUUCUUUGGACGAUUUUCAAUUCUGUGUUUCCUUCUACCUAAUACCACCUAGCAAAUAAUAAUUUUUUCAUUUGGUGGAUUUGUGCAAAAAACUAGUUUUUACUUUUUAUAUUUUUCUGUACAAGAUGGGUUGUGAGAUCAAUAA